AUGUUUAUCAACACUAUCUCCAUUGCCGCCAUGGCCCUCUCCUCUCUUGCCAUGGCUGCUCCUCACCACCGCAGAGGCGACAACGACUCUGCCACGGGUCUGAGUUUGACUGCCCAGCUUCAACUUGCGGACACUGGUGCUGCUCGGUACAAGCUUCUCCCGAACGACGAGGACUUCGUCUAUGACUUCAACACGAGCCAGGUCGCCCUCGCCAACCGCGUGACCUUCCCCGCCGUGACCGGCCUUGGCGGAAGCAUGGCAGUUGCCUCGUUGCCUGCCUGCGCCAUGAGCUUCCUCCACCUUCACCCCCGCGCCUCGGAGUUCCUCGUCGUCACUUCAGGCCGCAUCUUGACCGAGAUGGUGCCCGAAGCCGGCGUCGUCGGUGCUGACGGCAAACAGCGAGUGAUUCGCGCUGAUCUGGGCCCCAACCAGAUGACCGUCUUCCCUCAAGGAUCCUUCCACACCCAGGUCAACCCUGAGUGCGCUCCUGCCUCGGCUGUCGUGUCCUUCUCUUCCGACGAGGGCGGUACCGCCAUGGUUGCAGCUCAGACCUUUGCUCUGAGCGACGACGUCAUCACGACUUCCUUUGGCGGAAGCAUUGCUGGCGAGGACAUUGACAAGGUGCGCCAGGCUAUUCCCAAGAACCUUGUUCUUAAGGUCGAGUCGUGCUUGAAGAAGUGCGGCCUUGAGAAGCGGGCUGCUUAA